AUGGCGCGCAAAACGGCCAAAAAGGCCUCUACCAAAAAAUUCAAGGGCAAUGAGGCUUUCAUACCGCUAGCUGCGGUCUCCGAAAAUGACGACAGCGACGCCGCCGAGUUCGAGGCCAUGGCGCUUCCACGGGAUUUACCUGACGACGAUUCAGAGGAUGAACUUGAUGACGAUGAAGAAGACGACGAAGGUGAUGAUGACGACGACGAAGAUGAGGAUGAUGGAGACGAAGAUGAGUACGGUGAUGACAGCGAUGACGGUAGUGAUGAUGAGGAGGAAGGUACCGGAAAGAAGAAGGGAGCUGCCUGGGGCAAGAAGUUGGGAACAUACUACGAUGAGGGCUCCGAGGAAUCGUCUGAUGACGAGGACAUUAAUGAUCGCAUAGCCGAGGCCGAGCGUAUAGCCAGGGAUUUGUAUGAUGGCGUCGAUGAUGAAGAUGCUGAACUGGAGGACAUGGUCGAGGCAGAAGAUGAGGUGGACACGGAAACUACAGCACUGGAUUCUAUCCUGGAGGAUCUGUCGGCUUCCCUCCGCAACCAGAGUUCAUUGGUGGAGCUGCCUCCGGAUUUCUAUCAGCUGAGUGACGCGGAUAAGCGGAAGUACCUGGAAGACGAACACCCGGAGUUCAUGGCACUUCUCAAGGAGUUUAAGGAAAAGGCUGAGGUGACUAACGAGCAGGUGCUGAAAAUAGUGAAUGACAUGGGAGUGUCGAAGAAGUGCACGAAGGAUGGCAUGGAGUAUUUGGAUGUGCGUAACGAACUCAUGUUGAUGUAUGUCACCUAUCUGAGCUACUACUUGCUGCUCAAAACUCACGGUGUACCUGUGGAAAACCACCCGGUGAUCAACAGGCUGCUUGAGAUUCGCAUCAUGCUGGACAAGGCACGACCCAUCGAAUCGCGGUUGCAGUUUGAGAUAAACAAGUUGCUGGAUGACAAUGUGGCGAAGGGUUUGUUGUUGUGUUCACCCAAAUUCUCAUUAAAUGCAGCUGAAGGGAAGGCCCUCAGACCGCGCUUGGAUCUCAUGGAAUUCGACGAGCGGGAGCAGAGUGGCAUAUACAAGCCCCCUGCACAGCUUCCACUCGCCGAAACGGACUCUUAUGUGAGUGCAACGUGCGCAUCUUUGACAUCUUCACAGGCAAAACACCAGAAGAAAUUGCAACGUAAGGAGAAGGUGGUUAGUGGCAAGCGGAUGUUGGACGAGGCGCGUGAUAUGCAAGAAGACGAUGAAGAUGAGCCUACGGAUCGUUACAGCAGCGCCAAGGCUGCCAAGAUGGUCAAAGCGCUGCUUGAACGUGAACGCUACGAAAUGGAACAGAUGCGGCGUCUGCCGAUGAACAAGAUGGCGAAGAAGGAACUUCGUGAGUUCCAGAAACACCAACGCAACAAACAGGGCGGAAUCAUGUUGGACGAGCUCAGCAGCUUUGCGGCCGAGGCGAUGUCUUCUGGGCAGACUAAGCGUGACGUGCUAGUUGGAAUGAACGCUGCCGCACAGAUCAUGCGGCAGGAUAUCUUGGAAACCGAGAAGCUGCGUGCGUCGGAUGCAUACUUCAAACCACACGUCGCCAAAAAAUCGAGCAAGCCUAAAGCAGGAUUCGCGCCGAUGACUGAAGCACCCGCUCCCAGAAAAUCCGAAUUCGACGACGAAUUCUCAAAGAUGAAGCGGCACCAAACCGAACUCAAGGAGUCGCUGAAGGAACGCAAGUCGGAGGUCAAGAAGCGCAAGUUCGAGCGUGAAGAGGUUGGAGGCAAGCGUGGUGCCGGAGCUGAUAUCCUGCGCAACAAGGGUCUGACGCGUCAGCGCAAGAAGACUGCGGGUAACGCGCGUGUUUCCAACCGCAUGAAGUACGAGAAGAAGAAGGCGGUACACAGCUCUAAGGUCAGCGGGACCAAGACGGAGACGCCAGGAUACUCCGGUGAGACAACGGGUAUCAACGCAAAGAAGAAGAAGUCCGUCACCUUCUAA